GUGUACAGUGGUAGAUGCCGACGCGUUUUCCGACUCUCUCGGCGGGCGUAGUAAACAUAUGUUGUACGCGGUGCUUGUGGCGUCGCGCUGACAUUCCGAGAAGAAAGUUUUUGCUCCCGCUGGCCGUCUCGAUUCGAACACCUACCCCUUCCUUGUUCAACCGAUCAUCGCUGCGAAAAAAUCAGACACAUCUGUGUGCUUUCUUCCAAUGAAAUGAAAUGGAAACAUGCUUUAUCGCUGCAGUAUGUGGUGAAUAAUGAUGCCUGCUCCACAAGCCAUUUCCACUAGAGGAAAAGUCAGCAAACUCACUCAGACUCGUAUCAAGCCGUGAGUCUGAGCCUGAGUGACUCUGGGAGAAGCCGGUUGUCGCCCUUGAUGAGGGGGGGCCUGGCUGGCACGAGCCGUCUCGAGGUGAGCUGUGUGCUGCAUUGGUUCUCCCUGUGGAACACUGCCCAGAGGGAGGCCUUCUCUGCCACGCUUCUCGCCCACUUGGCACCCCCCAAGGAAGAUCCCGCCAGUGAACUGUGUGGCCAGCUAGACGCACUGUCGCUUUCGCGCCGCAACUGUCCUUCGGUGCUGCACUGCCAGCUGUCCCUGUGCGAGCUCUACUUUGCCUCCUGGGGACCAGAGGGCCAGCGGGAGUUCCUGCAUACCCUGGCGCAGCGUGACGGUCCUUUCGUGGCGCGCUUCCUCGGCUCCCUGGCACAACGAGAGCCCCUGCUGGCUCAGGCACUGGCCCCGUGACACCCCCCCCCCCCGCCCCCCCCCCCCGCCCUUCCCACGUCAUAUUCAUCGUGGUUUCCCUGAACGAGGAGAGAAUCGUGGUGGGCAAAGAUGCUGAGCCAGAAGGGCCCCGCGUGCAGCGCUGCCGAGCAGUCGGCUUACCUCCUUAGCUGGUUUGGCGAGUACAGCGACCUGCAGCGCGACGACUUCCUGCACGUACUGGCUGAGAAGUACACACCCCUCGGACCGGCCGGUGACGGCGCCCUGGGGCUGUCGCACCUCGCCAUCGUGAACCCUGAUGCGCCACCCUCUCUCUUCCAGUGCCGCAUGAGCCUCUUUGACCAGUGGUUCCAGGGCUGGAGCGACGAGGACAAAGCGAGCUUUCUCGACAGACUACGUUCCCUCGAUCCAGAGUUCGUCGACAAGCUCUCGUCCGUCCCCAACGGCACGGCGGAUCACAGUCCAACCGCACCGCCGAUGCCACCGGCGACGACGACAGUCUUGGUCAACCACUGCACGAGCGUGACGGUCAAUGGGGAUAGUCUCAAGGUCGAUGACGACGAAGAGGUAGAGGAGGAGGAAGAAGAGGAAGGGAACCGAGAGGUUGUCUCGCCGACGGAAGAACCGCAACCGAUGCCGAGGAACGUUGUGUCACCGAGUGCCGGAUCCGUCGAGGAGGAAAGAGUUUCACCCAUGGGAGAAAAGAUAGAAUACGAGGAACAAGACGAGCUAGUGCUCUGAGGUUCGACAAAAACGUGCAUAGCGUGCUAGUGCGGUGACGUCAGUCCAGCGUAUGACUGGUCUUGUAUUUGUGUCAGUGGUAUAGGAUGUCUUCCGCUUUACGUCUUUUCAAGUUGUCUGGCGGGCUUCGGAAAGUCGGUGCCUAGGCCCUCGUAAAAUGUGUAAUUUUCGUUUGACGUUCAUCAUCAGUGGCAUAGCAGAUAUCGAAUGGGGACAGGCAGUUUGAAAGUGCCAGCAGCUGCACAGAGGCUUUAACUAUAUAUGUCUCAGCAGCUUACUUUGCCUGUUCAACUGAAUAACAAUGAUACACAUUACUUUGGCAGCAAAUGUUAAUAUUUCUGGCCACGUUUGGAUAAUACGCGUGGAGCUUGUUUCGAAUCCUAGGUUACGACUUUUCAGCUGUACUUUUGACGAUAACUCAAGAUUCUCUUCACAUGCCUUCAAUAAAUGCCGCACUAAGCUAGUUUAAUGUGUGUGGAAGGUAAAUCUUCGUGCUUCGUGCAGCAAUACUAUUUGUAUGCAUUCCAAGUUGAACUUUCAGGGAUGAGGGACGAUGUCCUUGCUUUUUUUGUGUUGACGAUUAGAAAACAGGUGAAUUCGUUGCCCUGUAUGAGGGCCACUGCGAUGCUCAUCCGUGUGCUGAUACUUGGAAACUUGCAGUCGACGUUCCAUUUGAGGUGAACACGUAGUUAUGAUGAGCGGUUCAUUCGACAGACCUCAAACUAAGCAUGCCGUCUGUUGGUAGAGCUGCCGUCAUACGAGUUGGUUUCGACGCCAAUUUCUGAAUGUUGCCCUAUCUUUAAAGCACAGUUUGGCGUUGGCUUCGGUCUAUAGUAUUUUCCGACUGAAUUUACAUGAGAUCUUCCCCUUGCACUUGCAGUGCCCAGCAAGAGAAAACGUAGAGUAUUGUUUUUUUUUCUAUGUUUUGCCUACUGGUAGAAGCUUCAGCUCUGAUGUCUCUUCCCAUCUUGUAUGCCACCAUUCCAUUAGCUUUUUCAUUCCGUUUCUCAAAGUCCGUGCAGCUAUGCUGUCUCAUUCGUCUUUUGUGGGCGCAGGCCAGAUCUAGCCAGAAUCUUUCUUUCCAUCCUCUUUCUUUGCUUUAAUCCAUACUGUCACACGUGAGAGCUACAGCCUUUUUUUUUUUCUUGCAUUUAUAUUGCAGCUAUUUUACUGAUACCUAUUCGCACACCCGUUAUUGAGCAGUGACUUUGUUGCAUUAAUAGACUACUGAAAAUAGGAAGAAUGCUGUAUUUAAUAAGAGCCAUUACUUAAGCAAUAGUUUGAUGAGACUAUUUGUACCACAUGUAUUCCCAUCUAUGCAUAAAUCAAGCUGCGCAUUGCGUUCUGUUCAACACAUGCCUUGUGAGGCAUAAUUUUAUUAUGAUGUCGCGGAGUUUCUCAAAAACACCUUCCAACCUGUUCAUUCCUCAAGGCAGUUACUGUUUCAUACUGAUGCACAUCUUGAUGACUCUUCUGGCAGCUCUGUGCUCAAGGCAGUUACGCUGUUUUUAGAAUCUCAUCUGUGUCACGCUAUCAGAAAGCAGUGCUUUGUGCUUUAAAGGUAUGUUGUAAUGAAUUGCUGUCUGUAACAGCUGUACUGGCGAAAACGGUUUGCUAAAUAAGAAUUUUUGAAUACAAACAGCACAUUUGGCUCAUAUGCCUUACAUUGCAAUAAGCUCAAGUAGUUUGCCAGGGAAAGAAAACCUGUUUGUGCUUGCCUACUAUGUUCCUGCAGUCAGGGGUGGGGGGUCCAAUAGAUUGUGUCGGGUGCAUUUCACCAGCAAGUGUGUGGUUGCAUACUCAAAACAAAGUGGCUUUUAAGACGUACAGCUUGUAAGUCCUCAUUCCCUAUUGCCGCUUGCCAUUCCUUAAUGCCGCUUGUCAUGAAUGAGAUAGUCAUUUUGAAUGACUAUCUCAUUGUUAUAGUUUGAAUCGCAUAUGACACAUGCCAAGAAUACGAAAAUGUCAUGGCCAAAUUCUCCCAAUCGCAUUUUCCAUGCGUUUUGUAUUUUGAUGUGUUUUGGUGGAUGCAUUCCAAUAAUGCUUAGAACAAUUCUGACCACAUAUUUCUUUUUGCUGAGCUGUUUAUUUGUGCAUGUGUAUGGCAGUAGGGUGCAUUGUGCUGUAGUUGUCUUUGAUAAGAGCAAGAACAACAUUUUAUAACACCUAAUCAUCACAGUUGCUCACUUGUACACGUGUGCAUGCAAGUGUUUGUUGCGAGAAGUGUUUUUAUGCGUGCUGUGUCUCCUGCAAAGUACUGCGUGGCCAAAUGUAUUGUGAGAACAUUCCAUUGAUGCCGAGCUAGCAGACAAUGUGGUGAUUGUGCUCAGGCCAUUAGUCACAGGAGUUUAGUGAGCUAGAUUUUUUUUUUUACUCGAAUAUGCCUCCUUGUAUCUUGUCUUUUCUAGCUCAGUGCAUUCACAAGGACAGCUUGUCUCUAGCAUGGCAGCUAUGUGUUCCCUGGGAAAUCUGUAUCUGCCGAGUGUCUUCAGUUAUACCGCAUAAGCAAUGUUCUUUUGAAGAGAUAGGUUUGCGAAGCAAGUG